GGGGGGGGGGGGGGAUUUAAGAACGAGUUUCUGAACGACGGGAGCAGCUUUGGGGGUUAUAAAAAAGCAAUGGGCUUGCUCGCCAUCUUCGCCAUCUCUGCAACGACCAACACUCUAUAAAAGAACUUAACUGUUACUACACAAUCAUGAUACGUCCGUGCUGCCGCAACGAACUCUUGCGAGUUACUUGCACACAACCGAUCAACGCUGCUCUCAUAAAUCUCGUUGUUGACACUGCCAGUCAAGUUAUCCCUUGCGCUCCUCCAACACCUGGUUCAGUUCAUGUCCCACCCCUCCACAAAUUCGUAAAUGACUUUGCACGACGGAUGCGCGUGUCGAGUUCCACGCUCAUUACAGCCAUCUGCUACCUCUCACGUUUGCAACGUAAGCUCCCAUCCACUGCCCGCGGUCUCGCCUGCACACUGCAUCGCAUCGUCCUUGCCUCCAUGCUGGUCGCAACAAAGUACUUGUACGAUGCUCCCGUCAAGAACCGUGUAUGGGCAGCACAUUCCGCCGUGUUUUCCUUGGCAGAAGUCAAUCUUAUGGAACGACAGCUCCUCUUUCUGCUCGACUUCAAGGUCGGAGCAUGUAAAGAAGAAAUGGAAGAAAUUAUCCUCCGAUUGAGACUGCCUGAUCAAUUAGACAAGGGCUGCAACAUUUGCAAUAAAACAGCGAUUCCCGACAUUUGCCCCACCGUCCGGGAAGAAGGCGUUCUCUCUUGUGUACCCGUACCUUCUCCUAUCCUCCCUUUGCUGGCACAGCAACUCGAAACACAACCAUUACCGUCCCGUCUUCCUUUGGCCGUUGCCUGUCGCGACCAAGAACAUCGGACAGUCUUGCUUAGACGGCCCAGUGCAGGCUCUAUACUCGACAUUCCAUCAGAGAAGCAUGUAGCACCAAAGCGCGGCUGCAAAACAAUAGAUACGCCUAGUGGCGUUCCUGUGAUGAACAUACCUCGGAGCACUGCUCCUGCAAGCCUGGCUGUGGCGGCAGCAGCGGCUGCCGUUGCUGCUUCGGCGACGGUAGUGACGGCAGCAUUGGAUGUAUCGAGUACCUGUUAUGCACAGACUGUAUUUUAAUCAUCCCGGCGGCUAUUUUAUAGAAGUCUGCUUCUACUGCACGCUAGUAUUCCCAUCAUCUUGUAAUAUACUUUCUUUGAACAUGA